AUGUCUGUCACUCUGACCUGCAGCAGUGAUGCUUCACCUCCUGUGGAGAGUUUUGCCUGGUUCAAAGACAUGGACAGUGGCAGUAUCCCAGACAGUUUCAGACCUCAGCUUCACCUACUCAGCAUAAAGUUCACAGACAGAGGAGAAUACUUCUGUGUGGCACGUAACUCACUGGGAACAGAUCGGUCCAGACCUCUUCUGCUAAAUGUCACAUUCCCUCCCAAGAACACUCGUGUUGUGGUUUUCCCUCCUCGGGACAUCAGAGAAGGGUCUUCUGUGAACUUGAGCUGCAGCAGUCAGGCCAACCCUCCAGCCACCAGGUUUACAUGGUACCGGAUCCAAGGAGAUCAAGCCUUAGUUCUAGGAAGUGUCCAAAACCUGACACUCCCUUCAGUCCGUGCUCAUAAUAGUGGACAGUACUACUGCUCAGCAUGGAAUCCGUUAGGAUACCAGACCUCCCCAUUCACCGCUCUUACCAUCCUCUAUCCACCUAAAAACACCUCGGUUUGGGCCCGUCCCUCCGGUGUGGUGGAUGCUGGACGACCCUUGACAUUGACUUGCAGCAGCCAGGCCAACCCUGCAGUGGACAACUUCACGUGGCAUCGGUUACCUCUGGAGGGAAGCUCUGCACAGUCCUGGGGCAUAAGGUCUGGCCCGGUCUUCACCUUCUCUGAGGUUGGUCCUGAAGCCAGCGGGAGGUACUACUGUGAGGCAAGGAACCGGAUCGGAGUCCACAGCUCUCCUGUCUUGACCGUCAGAGUCCGUGGUCGGCUAAAAGUCAUUGCCCUGGCCUCUGCUGUGGGUGUGUCUGCUGCACUCAUCACUCUGACUGUUGCGGUUAUGAUAAGUAAAAACAUGCACCGAGUAGACAUGGAGUCUUUAGAAAUGCAGACAAAGCAUUCAUCACUCACAGCUGAAACCGUGUUUUAUGAGUCCCCUCAACAGCAAAAAAGAAGAGGUAGAAUGGAUAAUAUCCCGGAAGAGCCAGAGGACUUUAGUGACCGUUCGCACCCAGACAUUAUCCCUCUGAAAGAUGCUCCAGCCGUCACAAAUGCAGAAGUCCCCAGCUGUUCGUCAGAUGACAUCACAGUCCAUUUUUCAAAAGCCUCCAGUGCUGAACAGGGACAAGAUCAUGUCCGCUCUGCACCAGUAUCUCUUAAUGUUCAGUAUGCACCCAGGAAAAUAAUGUUAUCAAUGAGUCCAUUUAAAGACAUUGUUUUGGGCAGUGCUGUGACCUUUACUUGCAGCAGUGAGGCCAACCCAGCAGUGAUGCCCGAUGCCUACAGACUGUUUAAAGAUGAAAGUGUUAUCAGCUUCGGACCAGGCCUCAGUAUCUCUGAUGUCAAACCCAGCGACAGUGGACAAUACUACUGUCAGGCCUGGAAUAACAUCUCAUUCCAGGGCAGCCAAAUUUUCCAAUCCUCUAAAACAAGUCUAAACGUUUUAUAUCCUCCCAUGAACAUUUCCAUCUCCACUGAGUCAACAGAGGUCAUAGAGGGCAGUGACGUGACACUGACCUGCCAUAUUUAUGCAAACCCCCCAGCAGUGAGUGUGAUGUGGUAUCGGACCACCGCCACCGCAGUGGUCCUGGUGGGAUCUGGACCAGUUCUUUCCCUGUCCCCCGUGGAGGCCUCCAGCUCAGGACUCUACAUGUGCCACGUCUCAAACAAACUCGGAGAAAACAACUCGACUGAACUGCUGCUGACGGUGAAGGGCAAACACUCGACCGCAUAUUCCUUCAUCUUAGCAGGAAUCAGUGUUUCCCUUUCAAUCACAUUUAUAUUGGCACUGCUGUUGUACUGGAGAAAACGAAGAAGGAACCAUCACAAAGCCACAAGAGACAGUAGUUCUUCCCCUGCUGUUGAAAUGCAGGACCACAUUUACGCCAAUGCGCUCAUGUUUCAGACCUCACCCAAAGAUAAAGCAGAUGCCUCUUCAGAGGAGGUUUUUUACUCAACAGUUACAAUCAAACCUAAAAAGCCAAGUCACAAACAAACAAAAGCCCCAGAGAUGGAGGACUCUGUGAUCUACGCUACAGUUGCUAGAUCCUCUUAA